AUGGCAGAGAAGAUCUCCAUACUAAUCGUCGUGGUUGACCUUGAUUGCCACAAGUGCUACCACAAGAUCCGCAAGAUUCUUUGCAAGCUCCAAGACCAUGAGAGGAUCCGGACGAUCUCCUUCGACAACAAGAGCAAGACGAUCACCAUCGUGGGGCCGUUCGACCCGCAGCGGCUCGCCUGCAAGCUCCGCUGCAAGGGCGGCAAGGUGAUCAAGGACGUCCACAUCGUCGACACCAACGGCGGCGGCGGGAAGCCUCCUCCGGAGAACAUGCCAGACGGGCCAACCGCGCCGGCGCCAGCGCCAGUGGGGAAAGGAAAGAAAAAGAAAAAGGAGAAGCAGCCGCCGCCACCGCCCACCGAGCGGCCUCCGCCGCCGGAGCAGGCACCGGGACCUCCGCCCGAGACGAUGAUGCCGCCUCCGUCAUCCCCGGCCCACCACCCGCCUCCGCCUGACGAGGGAAUGUCCGCGAUGGUGCCCCAGCCGCACUACGUCGAGGAGAAGCCGCCCAGAGCGGAGCUGGAGCCGCCGAUGUCGCCCCACCCAAGGAGAUGCCGCCGAUGA